UGAACUGUUAAGGGAGGUUGACAGUAGUAGUAAGGACUAGAUACGACUGCAUGAAAGAUGUUUGUCACAUAAAGUCACUACUGGGCUGCUAGAUUUUAGAUUUGUACUUGAAACAGUGCCUUUAACGCCACGAUAUAUUUUUUUUUUUUUUUUGUUAGCACCCACUUGUAUGGUUGAUAUUUCAUUACCCUGCAGGCGAAAGUAAUUCCAACGGUAGUGUAGCGAUAAGCUAGCAGCUAGCUUACGCUACUUAACCUACCAUUUGGCUAACUUAGAAACAUCUAUUGAAGAACUCGCCGACUGCUCGAAAUAACACUAAGUGAAGGACAUCAGAACACAAGAAACCUUCGUGCUGGUGUCAAGUUUAUAAGCUCUCGGCUCCCGGGGAACUGCCCCCACCGCCUUGUAGGUUGAAUUCAUGAACGUGCUGAGUGCAUAGUCGAUGGGGAUGGGGAGUGGAGUCCAGGAACAACGGGCAUCACUGACCCAGGGAGAAGUGCUGCCGCUGGCUUCCUCCAGUCAGUCAGAAGCCAGUUAUGAGGGCAUGAAGCACACCCGGUCCGUCCUAAACUCACUUUUCUCAGGGGCUUUAGCUGGAGCCGUGGCCAAGACCGCUGUUGCCCCAUUGGAUAGAACUAAAAUCAUCUUUCAAGUGUCCUCAGCAAGAUUCUCUGCCAAGGAGGCUUACAGGUUGAUCUACCGCACCUACCUGAAGGAAGGUUUCCUCAGUCUAUGGAGGGGGAACUCUGCUACUAUGGUGCGAGUCAUCCCAUAUGCUGCCAUCCAGUUUUGUGCACAUGAGCAGUAUAAAAGGCUGCUGGGAGGCUACUAUGGCUUUCAAGGGAAAGCCCUACCACCAGUCCCAAGGUUACUGGCCGGGUCUAUGGCUGGUACCACUGCAGCCAUGUUGACUUAUCCUCUGGACAUGGUGCGAGCUAGGAUGGCUGUAACACCAAAGGAAAUGUACAGCAACAUUCUGCAUGUUUUUGUGCGGAUCUCUCGGGAAGAGGGCUUGAAGACCAUGUAUCGAGGAUUCGCUCCAACCAUACUGGGUGUUGUCCCCUAUGCUGGACUAAGCUUCUUUACUUAUGAAACACUGAAGAAGUUGCAUGCAGAGCAAAGUGGCCGCCCACAGCCCUACUCUUAUGAACGUCUGGCUUUUGGAGCCUGUGCGGGUCUCAUUGGCCAGUCAGCAUCUUACCCUCUAGAUGUGGUAAGACGGCGCAUGCAGACCGCUGGUGUCACCGGUCACACGUACAGCACCAUCCUGGGUACCAUGAAGGAGAUAGUUUCUGAGGAAGGGGUUAUCCGAGGACUCUACAAAGGUCUCAGUAUGAACUGGGUCAAAGGACCUAUUGCAGUGGGGAUUAGCUUCACCACCUUUGACCUUACACAGAUUCUCCUGAGAAAGCUGCAUCAAAUGGGCUCCACUCGAUAGUAGUGACACGGAAAGAGGACAGUUGGGAGGGAGGAAUGACAAGAUCCCCUGUAAGCCCUCUGAAGUUAAACAAGGACAAGGGAUUGAGACACUGAAGAAUGCUUAUUGCUGGAUAGAAGCAAAAGCACAGUAACUAAGGAUGUGUGGGUAAUAUCAAGUCGUGCUCUUGCUAUGUCUGUGAAGCAGAUAUGAGGUGAUAUUUAGAACACAGCUUGUUGUCAAGUGCAAUAUGAUCAAUCAUCUUCUCUGUGUGUAUAUAAAUUGUAACGCUCCAAUCCUGGUGAACCAGAUCCCCAAGUGCAUUUGGAAAAGAAUUAAGAAAUGCACCCCAGCUGCCAUGUGCAAUGAUACCAAAGCUUUUGAAUUCAGCGUGUUGCAGAUUAUAGGAUUUUAUAAUUGUUUAAGUACAACGUUAUUGCAACGAUUCCCAGCGCAGAAAUUUAGCAGUAAUAUUUACAAAUCACUUGGUUUUUGAAAAGUUUAAAAUUAAAACAUUUCUCGGCCCCAGAAAAGUGAAUCUGCAUCUUUAAUGGUAGUUUAACUGCUGCAGUGACAUCAGCUGUAUAUUUUAUGUCAGUGCCAACAUGUCUGUUGAGAGUGCCCCUAUUGUUUUAUGUUUGUUUUAAUUGUUAGCAUAUCAUUGGCUUUUUGAAAGAUUGUAAAUUGUGGCUUGUCUAAAAAAAAAAAAAAUCUAAUCCAGAUUUUACUCCAGUUUAACUUCCCGUUAACAUGCUGUGUGGAUACCUUUUCAAAUGUUAGAUCUUGUACUCUGAUUUAACAGCCCAGAGUGAGCACUACCUUUGUGAAGUUUACACUGUCACAUUGCUGCUGUCACCAUGGUAAUUAGAUUUCUUGUGAGGUUGUUUUGAGCUACAGCACAUUGAGGCAUUUUAAAUAUUGUUAUCGGUGACAGAGUAUGUACAGAAUGCAUGUAUCGUCUUCCAUUUGCUGUCAGUCUGACAGCUGCAUGCUAUGGCUCCUCACUGCCUGUUUUGUUUGAGAAAGACAAGACUCUUAAUUCAGACUGACAAGUCACUGCAACAGCAUUAAAUCUCCUGCUUAGGGAGGACUCGCAAUGUAGAGCUGUAGCAGUAAAAACUAAUGGAAUAACUUGACUGGAAAUAUGCAAACAUAAUUUAAACAGUCUCAUUUAAAACAUAUUAGUGUUCUUGGUAUUGUACUUUACCUCUGCACGUAAUCAAAGGCUUGUCUAAUUGUUGCAUAUUAAUGUGUUAUGCAGAGUAGAGGCAAAAAAAGGGACUUCUACCUGCAGCCAAAUGAGCAAUUUGGCUGCUUUGGGACAGUAUUGAUGCUGGCUUACAGCCAUUAAGAGUGUCAAUGGUUUCUAUAGAUAGACCACACAUACCAAGGCAGGAGGGUUGAGCUCCUGAAUGUAGAGCUAACUGGAGCAGAGGUCACGACAUGCCAGCUAUUACCAGAAAACUGUAGACAGGCGCUGGACAGGUUAUUUACAGAAUAUUAUUUGUAUUUUUAACUCUCUGUCAAGGCUGCACAAGUGAUUAUUUAUUACAAGUGGUAUUCUGAUCGUUUGCUCUUUAAUCACCAAACAAACUCCCAUUAGAAAUACCAGAGGACAGAGUUGUGAUGUUGACGAUAGCUUUGAAAUACUGCCGGGCCAAAAAGAAAAGGGGAGGGGGGAAACAAGUAUGGGAAAUGAUCUGGUUUUACUUCAGUUGAUCAGAAUCUUUUUUUUUUUCUUCCUUGAUGGCCCAAGUUCAUUCCCAAGAGCCGUUCAGGAAGUGUGAGACAUUUUGAUGUGAGUCAUCACUGCAUAAACUUCUUGAAAUGAUGCCAUGAAAAAUGUGUGCUGUAAUCACAGCUUAAAACUGUCUAAUGAAGUAAAGCUUUUAUUUGUUUUUGUCAGGCAGUGUAUUCCUAGAAAAAAGUUGUUGGGAAUCUUAGUAUUUGUUAUCCUCUCAUUCACACUCUUGUCCUCACGUAUAUAUUGGGAUUGUUCUCACACAGGGUAAAUGUGCUUCUCUGUUAAACUUUCCUGUACCUGCAUACAGCAGAGCAGUCUCAUCAGGUGACUUUGUGAGUGUAAUGUUUUGCAGGGCUGAUGUCCUACCAGCCAACACAUCUGUCUGAUCAGCUGCAGGAAACCGAGAACUGCUGACAACAAUGUAGUCUUUUCAUAUCAGUUAAUAAUCUUUAACCCUCUCCUUAGAUUAGCAGGAGAGAAGCUUUGAUCAUUGACAGUUUGGCUUGUAACUAACACAUUGGUUUAAAGUACAAAGUAGCUUAAAGCUAAAUGAAAGAUAGUUACUGACUCUUAAGUGCCUAGGAAGAAAUGUUUUUACAAUGACUGAGCUAAUUCUGCUAACCUUUUUUUUUUUUAAAGGUUGCUUCCAUUUCUAGCCUUGUCUCAAUUUUGAAGUCAGAAGCAUUAAAAGGAGGCAGCAGACAUUUGAAAGUGGUUUUAAGUUUGGUGAUUGUUUAACCUCACUGACUGAAUGUAUUAACUUCAGGUCCAGUUUUUGUUUGUGAAUUUUUGUAAAACUUCAACUGCCUUGCAGGAUAUUGCUGUCUGCAGCAACAGGUGUGGUUUUUGAUGGUUCCCAGUUCAUUCCGACAAGCUUUGGACAAAUUUUUAAGGAACUAAGAAAAAAAAUAUGAUUAUUAAUAAUAAUGAUAAUAAUAAUAAAUUAAUCUUUAAAUAGGUAGAUAAAUGACCUACUCUGUAACUAAGAGAGACUGUAGGACUCUUGGACAAUCAUUAUAUGCCAAAAAGUUUUUUUUUUUUUUUGUGUGUGACUAAGAACAUGACAGUAACUGAACUACACAAAAUACUGAAGCACUACAACUAACUGGUACAAACUGUGUAUCUUUCACGUUUGCGAAAUGAAAUGUCAUCUUUGUAUUUGUUUGUAGGUAUUCUAUACAAGUGCAGACGUAUAUUUCUACAGUGUUUGUGUUGCAGCAGAUAAUUUUGUGCAACAGUUUGUAAAUCCUAGUGAUUUGUGCCAACUGAAUGUAACAGAGCUACUAAAUAACUACACCCUGUCUUCAGUCUCUAGUGUUGAUGGUGUAUCUGUGGGAAUAUUAUGGAAUAUCAAAUUGUUUAAUAAAACUGAACAUUAA